AACGUGAGUGGGAUGUUGCAAGCAUCCAGCCGGCUGAAUCCCCAUCCCCAUCCCCAUCCCCACCACGUGUAUUUGCUGAUUUGGCCACUCCUUUUUGAACCAACAUCUCCUUCCUUCUUCGCUCUUCAUUCCUCCAAAUUCUGCAUUCUCACAAGCAAGUUGCAUUGUUCGUUUGUUAAUUGACGAACGAGUAGUUAUGUCGAAAGGUGGAGCGUUUGAUCUUGCGUCUGGACUCGGUGGCAAAAUCGAGAAGGAUGACGUACUUUCGGCUGUAGAUAGGUAUGAGAAGUAUCACUCGGAUUUCGGAGGUGUGGAGGAAGACAGAAAGGCUAACUACACUGACAUGGUUAACAAAUACUAUGAUCUUGUCACAAGCUUCUACGAGUAUGGUUGGGGAGAAUCAUUCCAUUUUGCCCCAAGAUGGAAAGGGGAAUCACUUCGAGAGAGCAUUAAGCGACAUGAACAUUUUCUUGCUUUACAACUAGGCUUGAAGCCUGGACAUAAGGUGUUGGAUGUAGGAUGCGGAAUCGGUGGACCGUUGAGGGAAAUUGCUCGAUUUAGUUCGACAUCUGUGAUGGGCAUAAACAAUAAUGAAUAUCAGAUUACAAGAGGAAAGGCCCUGAACCGAGUUGCAGGAGUUGAAAAGACCUGUGACUUUACAAAGGCUGAUUUCAUGAAUAUGCCCUUUUCCGAAAACAGUUUUGAUGCGGUGUAUGCAAUUGAGGCUACUUGCCAUGCUCCAGAUGCGGUUGGAUGCUAUAAAGAGAUAUAUAGAGUCUUGAAGCCUGGUCAGUCGUUUGCUGCAUAUGAAUGGUGCAUGACCGAUGCAUUUGACCCCAAUAACCAAGAGCAUCAAAAGAUUAAGGCAGAAAUUGAGAUUGGUGAUGGUCUUCCAGACAUAAGAUCAACUAGACAAUGUCUUGCAGCUCUAAAAGAAGCGGGUUUUGAGGUUAUAUGGGAGCAAGAUCUUGCUAAAGAUUCACCACUUCCUUGGUACUUGCCCCUGGAUACAAGUCAUUUCUCUCUCAGUAGUUUCCGCCUCACAGCCGUCGGACGCUUCAUCACAAAGAAUAUGGUUGUGGCCCUAGAAUAUGUGGGACUUGCCCCUAAAGGUAGCCAAAGGGUUCAGUCCUUCUUAGAGAAAGCUGCAGAAGGGCUCGUUGCCGGUGGAAAGAAGGAGAUAUUCACACCAAUGUAUUUCUUCUUGGCAAGGAAACCACAAUAAGUAAAGGAGAGAUGUUAUGCCUAGCUUUGUUCUCAAACUGGUUGUUUCUUUAUGUUACUACUGAUCUUGAAAUCUGCAAUAUUUAUAUUAUAAAUCGUUCGGUCUAGACCAUUAAUGCAUUCAUGGCCGAAACUGUAGGGGUCGGUGAGGUCCAUUGGUUAAA